ACCUACCAGUCAGUCGCAUCGUAUAUAUACCCUCAUGGGGUCAAACAACUUUCCGUGAGCUGAAGCAGAGACAGAGAGACCUCAAUAACCUUCUUUUCUUUAAUCCUUUCUCUGUUGAUAACAUUGGAAAAAAGUCUCUUUCUACAUACAUAUACGGUCAACGAUUUGCGCCUCUUCUUGAAGUGAAUAUAUAGCUACAUGGAUGAUGGUCUUGGGAAGUUAAAGAUUGUUCCAGAUCACUUUCAAGUUUCAACUUCUAGCGAGAACACUCCUCAAAGACAAAAUACAUCUAAUCUGCAGCCAAGAAUUGAUAAUUCAGCUAGGUCCAGUAGCCGUUUCUGGGCUAGAAGACAACUAAAGAGAUCUGCAUUCAUGUUGAAUUUAUUUAGUCUACGGGGGCUGCCUUGGAGUUCUAGCAGCGAUGGUCAGCAAAAGGUUGAGUUGACUGUAGCGGAGUUAGAAUCCCUUCGGUCAGAACUUGCUGACAUAGAAGAGAGGGAAGCUCACUUGAAAGCACAAUUGGAACAAGUUGAUGAAAUUCUGCGCUCUGCUCGCUUCUCUGGCUAUUUAUACAUUCGAACAAGAUGGACAGCUUUACCUGGGGAACCUCCUCCAAUUGAUGAUACUGAAGUUGAUGAUUGGCUUCCUCGUUUUGUUGUCCUUCAUGGGCCCUGCAUCUUCUUUUAUUUGUUAUGCACAGAUUUGAGUCCUCAGGAUUCCACUCUACUGUCUGAUAUUGUUGAAGUGGGUUCGUUGCCAAGCUUUACAAGAGAAGAUGAUGAGACACGAUAUUCCUUUUAUAUCUUAACUUGUCAUGGGCUGCGAUAUGAAUGUUCAAGUACUUCUAAAAUACAGGUGGAUUCAUGGUUGGCAGCAUUACAAACUGACUGCAAGUCAGGUUCUGAUACAAAAGCUCCCAAUGGUUUGAGUGAAAUGUGAAUAAUAUGUGCAUUUCCACGUGUAAGCUGUACAUAUGCAAAAAGUUAGUUGUUAACCUUAGAUCCGUCCAUCUUAGAUUGGAAUGUGAUGACACUAACCUAUUCAUUCUGUUUUUGUACAUAGAAUGACACAACAAAUAAACAGAAGUUAAUGUUGUAAGAUCAUUUUGGGACAGAACUAUGUUUCACAAGUUCAACUAACAAAAAGCAAUUAUUAUUGCAUCUGGUUGAACCUCUGGACACUUAUGCAAUGUGAAUGGGAAAUGGUCCUCUUUAGCAAAA